AUGUGCUACUAUCUCAUCACCUAUGUACACCAUGCUUGUGGUCAUGACCGGCCGACCAGGAGGCACUACAUCGAUUGCAACAUGUCGACGUGUAUACUGAGUAUGAGACACAAAUAUGAAGACCACGAUUGCGAGAACACAUGCACAGAGACCAUGCUACCGGACCAACACAUCGUCAUGGAGAGCACAGACGACCACUGUGACCCCUGCAGCGGGAUCCACCCGUCCGCGGGCGCUGCAAUCGACAUCCCGGCCCUUCCCAUUCUCGAAAGCGUCCCGGAAACCGACACGGAGACACAAUCAGGCGAUGGUCGGCAUGAUUCAUGA